AUGUCUUUCUCCAUGGAAACCUUCAUGAAGAAAUUUACAUGGAUCUCCCUCCCGGACUUUGCUGCCAUGGGAAGAAUACUGUAUGUUGUCUGUGAAAACUUUGGACUCUUAGCAUGCAAACCAAGUGCUAUCCCUAUUGAACCAAAUACUAAACUCACAACUCAACAGUAUGAUAAUGAGACAUCAUCCUCAGAAAUUGAUCCUCCAUUAAAGGAUCCUUCUCACUAUCAAAGGCUUGUGGGAAGACUUAUCUAUCUCACCAUGACACGACUUGAUAUAUGUUAUGUCGUUCACAUCUUGAGCCAAUUCAGGCAUGGGCCAAAGCAAUCCCAUAUGGAUGUAGCAACUAAGGAGCUCAAGUACUUAAAGGGAUGUCCUGGCUUAGGAUUUCUCUUACCUCGAGAUGGGAAUUUGGAUAUCACAGCAUAUCACCGCAUAUGUGAUUUAGAUGGAACAUGUGUCCAAUACGAGAAAAUCGCUCCUGGUUUCCGUGUAAAACUAGGAGGAUCUCUUGUCUCCUGGAAACAAAGAAGCAAUUAA